UCUCUCUCUCCCUCCCUCCCUCAGUCCUACUUUGAGGAGUGGUAGGAGAAACUUUAAAGUCUCAGUUCUCAGUUCUUUCUUUCUAAGCUUCGGACAUCAACAGUUUUAACUCUUCUCUCACCCUUAUCUUUUUCUCCAAAUCAAUUAACGCGGCCUUUUAAAUUCCAAGAUGACUACCACUUCUCCCCGGCCAUUUUUGGAUGAAAUCAAAACUACCAAGAAGGACGACCUGCAGCACAUCGAUGUCCAAGAGAAGACGGCUCUUCCGACGAAAACUGAUAUUGUCAAAGAGAAAAGUGAGCAAGAGUUACGCAGCUCCAUUGGUAGUUUUGAUAAGACAAAACUUAACCCAACUGAAACCCAAGAGAAAAUAAACUUACCUGACAAGACAGAAAUUGACCAAGAGAAGACAGAACAAGAACUCCGAAGCAAUAUUACCGAAUUUGAUAAGAACCAACUAAAACAUGCGAACGUGGAGGAGAAGAAUCCACUUCCAGACAAAGACACAAUUAAACAAGAAAAAACUGAGCAAGAACUGAAGGCUUCCAUCAACAAGUUUGACAAAGCUGAUUUAAAAUGCACAAAGACUUGUGAGAAAGGAGUAUUGCCAACCAAGGCUGAUAUUGCUGAAGAAAAAGGUACUGCUUAAGAUGGCUGGCUUCUUCACUUUUUAUUUCUUUCUUCUUCACUGGGUUGGCAAAUCUUUUGAGAGAAUUUCUUAAGACAACCUUAACCUUUCACAUUAAGGCUGAAAUCUUCAGAAGAUAAAGUAGGGGGUGGGGAAACUUUAAAAGUUCUUUUUUUUCCUUAUUGCUAGCCAUUGCUUUCUUGCCUCCUCCUCCUCCUCAUUACUAUUUUAAUUAUAAUAGUUAUUAUUCUAGCCUCAUCUUAAAUCUUGUUUUCUUCUCUCUCUGCAUGUCAUUACAUCCUCUUUUUUUUUCUCUCACACUUCAACGAAAUUGGCCUUUUAUUUCUGUAUUUCUUUCUUUUCUUACUUUUGCUGGUUUAUUUUAACAAAAUCUGUUUAAUUUACCACACUACCUGACAUACUUUUGUCUGUAUUAUUAUUUUUCUAUCAUAAUUUAAUAUCUGCAAAUGUGACAAGAUAUGGAAUUAUUGCCUUCCAGUGGUUGUUAAUCACGAACAAACCUAACGUAACUUGCUUUCGUUAAACAAAACAAAAUUAUUUUCCCUUCAAACCAUCUGGUGCCUUUUUUUUUUUUUUUUUUUAACUAUUUCUAAGAAACACAAUUUUCUUUUCUAUAUUUCAUUCUUUCACUUUUUGCUGCAAUUUUCAUAGAAAAUAAAUCAAGAAAAUUAAAUGACUUACAAAUUAAAAGCUAAUUUCUGUUUCUUUUUUUCUUUAAUUCCAUUUUCCAACUUUUUUUGAAAUAAACUUAUCAAACUUUU